CUUUUAGAUACAUUCUCGUUGCUUUGCUCAACUUAGCAGCACUUCGCCAUGAAAGCCGUUCUUCUCAAUUCUCAAACCCAUCUCUUUACUGGCAAGCAUGCUGUGCCUAAUCUUCAAAUCUGUAAGCCGCCAUCGUCUGGCACUCAAUUAUCUCUCAGGAAAAGAUCUUCUGAGUUAAUUGGGAGGAGAAUUUAUUUAUUAAAAAAGCAUUCUUUCCGGAAUCGAAUUGAACGGUUUUCGUUCAAACAUUUUUCGGACAAUCUACCAACUGUUUGUAGAAAUGUCAAGGCAGCUGCAGCUGCUGAAUCUUUGAAUUAUGAACAUUUUAUACCAAAGAGUGAUAAUGGACUUGCACAGGAUGUCAAUAAAUUGGAGGUUUCUGAGCCCAGGAGUAUGGCAUUUAGGAAUAAGUUUUUGAAUUUUGUACGGAUUGGUUCCAUAAUUAAUAAUGCUGCAGAAUCGUUUUUUAAGAGUGAGAUAAGGAGGCGGUUGUUUGUAACUUCUGUUUUAUUAGUAAUGAGCCGGGUUGGAUAUUUCAUUCCAUUACCUGGUUUUGAUAGGCGGUUGAUACCGGAAAACUACCUCAGCUUUGUCUCAGGGUCCGUUGGUGAGUCAUUUUUUUAACUCUAUCAUCUUGUCACUUGUAUCUGCAUAGACUGCAUUUAACUGUUAAAUUACAUCCGGUGUUGUUAUGUAUUCUA